AUGAUGAAAGCCAGCUGUGAAGUCCAAGCGAAUCUUGAAGACCGUGGCCAGUCAAAGAGAACGGGCAAAGAUGCAAUUGGUGAAAAGGGCUGUUGGAACUCCAAUGAAACUGGAUACACACACGGUUCAAGGGAUGUACGGACACUUCGUCCGAGUGCUGGUGGAAGUAGAUCUCUCACUCCCCAAGACCUGGUAAUGGUGGAACGCGUUGGUUAUUGCUUGUUCGUUUCCAUCGCCUUCGAGCGCAUGCCAGAAUUCAGUUCACAGUGCAAUAUUCUUGGGCACUCUGCAGCUACUUGUUGGAAACAUGUCCCCCAAAGAUUCGAAUCCCUAAUGGAAUGGAGGACUCUCGGUCUUUUGAACCCCUAUUACCGGGGCGUAAGGAGAAGCGGAGCAAAGAAAUGGUGUAAGCGGAAGUCCCCAGUGAGGCAAGAGAGUCUUGAUGCUCGGCCUGGUACCGUCCGUAAGGUGAUGGGCAUAGCUAAACCUGGAACCCUGUCCCAAUACCCGGAGCUAGUGGAUUCGUUAGCCCAUGAAGGCCAUAAUAGAAUCGCUGCCUUAGACUUAGAAGGCACCGCGGCCGUUCACUGCUUUCGCGAGAAAGCUCUAGAGACCUCUUUAAGUCGAAAGGGAGGGUUCCAAGGGCAGCUUCAGUCUUUGAUCAGCGGGGCGAUGCCCAACCUAUUUCCGAGAGGAAAUGGAUCCAUUGCAUGCCGGCCUAGUGUAUAG